AUGGCUGAAGCAAUUUCACCAAUAAUUCGACAAGUAACUAUAGAAAACAAGGACAUUGGGAGCCUUUCUAUCGACUAUCAUCUUGAAGACGUCGAAGAUUGUUUUAUUUACGACCGGCAUGGAGUCUCCUUUCCGUUCAAGAAAUUAUAUCGAGACAGGAAAUCGGUCAUAAUAUUCGUGCGGAAUUUCCUGUGCUACAGCUGUAAGGAAUAUGUGGAGGAUUUGAGUAAAAUACCUAAAGAAGCACUAGAGGAUGCUGCCAUUAGACUGGUUGUGAUUGGACAGGCUGCUCAUCAUCAUAUAGACCCGUUCUGUUUACUGACCGGGUAUCCUUAUGAAAUAUAUGUGGACCCCGAGAGGAUCAUUUAUCAAAAGCUGGGGAUGAAGAGAGAGGAGACAUUUACAGACUCAGCCCAACCCAGUCCCCAUGUGAAGUCUGGUAUCUUUAUGGGGCAAGUGAAGAGUGUAUGGAGGGCCAUGACUAGCCCUGCAUUCGACUUCCAGGGUGACCUACAUCAACAAGGUGGAGCCAUCAUCGCAGGACCAGGCUCUCAGGUUCAUUUUUCCCAUUGUGACAUGAACCGCCUGGACCACAUGCCCAUUAACUGGCUCCUGCAGCUCGCCGGGGUUCAACAGACUCUGGACUUCAGUGAUAAGCCAACAAUCAUUCAUGUGUAGCCAGCUGGUCUGCUUGAAAGCAUGCUUCAUUCUUCAUCACUGUUUGGGCAUCAUCAUUUUAUAAAACAUAUUUGUGUCUCAGUUAUACUCAGUCUGUUUUUUUUAAUCAAGUCUGUACUUGCUCUUCUGCUCUGCCAAAAUAUUGGAUAGGUGAGGUCUGAAACACAAGUCUUCUCUAAAACUCUUGGCUUUAUUCAAGGUCUUCUUACUAGUAUUUCCAGAGCUUCCAAUCACAUCUCAUGUGCUGAUGAAGGUGAAAGCCAGUAAAUGAACUGAGCAAAGUUGUUCUGCCAAUGAAGAACAUGUAAUGUUGUUUGAGAAUAAAAGAGCUCUAGAAAAAGCA